AUGACCGGCCGCGCAGCCUCCCCCACGAGGAGCGAAUUCGAGUACGACAUUUCUGCGGCACUCGGCGCCGCCGACAGCGAUAGCGAGACCGAAGCCUACAACCCUCGGCGACUGCACGCCGAGAAGAGCGUCAAUGAGAUCUUGGGCGAGGAGGACGACGACGAUGGUGAUGAGGCGUUCAUUGCGGCGCAGCAGGCGGCGAGUAAUCGCAAGGGGAGCAAUUUGAAGGGGAAGAAUACGGUGAAGAAGGGUGGUGGGUUUCAGCAGAUGGGACUGAAUAUUGGAAUUUUGAAGGCGAUUAGCAGGAAGGGUUUCUCGGUCCCGACACCAAUUCAGAGGAAGACGAUUCCACUGGUGCUGGAGGGAAUGGAUGUUGUGGGAAUGGCGAGGACGGGGUCUGGAAAGACUGCGGCCUUUGUUAUUCCCAUGAUUGAGAAGUUGAAGGCGCACAGUGUCAAGGUUGGCGCAAGAGCAAUUAUCCUCUCACCCUCCCGUGAACUGGCCCUACAAACACUCAAGGUCGUCAAGGAGCUCUCCCGCGGCACCGACCUCAAAGCGUGUCUCCUCGUCGGAGGUGACAGUCUCGAGGACCAAUUCGGCUUCAUGGCCUCCAACCCCGACAUUGUGAUUGCCACUCCCGGUCGUUUCCUGCACUUGAAGGUCGAGAUGGAGCUUGACCUCAAGUCCGUGCAAUACAUUGUCUUUGACGAAGCCGAUCGCCUCUUCGAGAUGGGAUUCUCCGCGCAGCUCACCGAGAUCCUGCACGCCCUCCCCUCAAACCGCCAGACGCUCCUCUUCUCCGCAACCCUCCCAAAGAGUCUCGUCGAGUUCGCAAAGGCCGGUCUCCAAGAACCAGCACUUGUGCGCCUCGACGCCGACUCAAAGAUCUCGCAGGACCUCGAGUCAUCCUUCUUCACCGUCAAAUCCUCGGAGAAGGAGGGCGCUCUCCUGCACCUUAUCCAGGACGUCAUCAAGAUCCCGCAAGGCUCCGUUGCCGCACCCCCGCCCGUAACAGGCGCAAACGCAAAGAAGCGCAAACGGCCCGAAGGCACCUCCGCACAUGAGGCGGCCUCCCCGCACUCAACGAUCAUCUUCGCGGCCACCAAGCACCACGUCGAAUACCUCUCCCACCUCAUCUCAACAUCCGGAUACCCCGUCUCAUACGUCUAUGGCACCCUCGACCAGACCGCCCGCCGAAACCAGGUCGCGCGCUUCCGUGCCGGCGAGACAAGCAUCCUCGUCGUGACCGACGUCGCCGCAAGAGGUAUCGAUAUCCCCCUUCUCUCCAACGUCAUCAACUACGAUUUCCCCCCGCAGCCCAAGGUCUACAUCCAUCGUGUCGGGCGAACCGCCCGUGCCGGUAAGAAGGGAUGGGCCUACUCGCUCGUCCGCGGCGAAGACGCCCCCUACCUCCUCGACCUCCAACUCUUCCUCGGCAAGAAGCUCGUCCUCGGCCGCGACAGCGAACACCGGUCAAAGUCCGACUUCGACUACACCGCCGACGUCGUUGUCGGCGGCCUCGUCCGCGACAGCGUCGAGCGCUGCAUGGAGCACAUCAACAAGCUCCUCGUGGAGGACAGCGAGCUCGCGUCGCUCCGCAGCGUCAUGGUGAAGGGUGAGAAGCUCUACCAGAAGACGAAGGUCGCGGCCUCCGCCGAGAGCGUCAAGCGCGCCAAGGACACCAUUGCGCAGAAGGGCUGGAGCGCCGCACAUCCGCUUUUCAGCGACGACGUGGCGGACGCGGAGCUGGAGCGCGUGAAGAUGCUGGCCCGCGUGGCAAACUUCCGCCCCAGUGAGACAAUCUUUGAGAUUGGGCAGCGCGGGCUGAACCGCAGCGAGGCGGCGAACGUGAUGCGCAACAGGCGGGAGAAGAUCAAGAUUGAUCCGAGCAAGAAGCGCGGGGCGAUGGAGGAUGCGGCGGCGGCGGCGGAGGAGGAGGAAGGUGAUCAGGAGAUGGAGGAGGUGAACUUUGAAGGUGAUGCGGGCAGCGAUGUAGAUGGCGCCGACGAGGACGUGGAUAUGGAUGCGGCCAGCGACGGCGAGCUGGAGGCAACGUUCAAGAAACCGGCGGUGACGAGGAUGAACAAGAAGAUGAAGAAGGCGCAGAGCUGGGAGGAUAAAGAGCACUUCAUGUCCUAUGUGCCCACCUCCUCCCUCGCCGAAGAGCGCGGCUACUCCGUCACCGGCGGGUCCUUCGCCGAGGCCGCCCGCAGCGCCACCUUCGACCUAACGAACGACGACGGCGGAAAGGGCUUCGCAGAGGCGCAUAAAGCCAAGGGCAUGCGCUGGGACAAGAAGGCCAAGAAGUUUGUCCAGCGCGCCAACGACGAGGACGGCUCAAAGGGUGCCAAGAUGAUCAUUGGCGAGUCCGGGCAGAAGAUUGCCGCGUCGUUCCAGUCGGGCCGCUUCUCGAGGUGGAAGAGCGCCCAUAAGGUUGGGCGCCUGCCAAGGGUCGGGGAGAACGAGACGCCGGGGGCCAGUGGGAAUAGAUUUGCUGCGCCAGGUGUACCGGGUGGUGGUGGCGGCGGUGUCGGUGGUAGACGCGGCGGAAGACAGUUCCAUAAGAGUGUCAAGGCGCCGAAGCCGGCGGAUAAGGCGAGGGAUGAUUAUGAGGUCAGGAAGAAGAGGUACUCGGAGGCGAAGGAGAAAGGCCUGGUCAAGGGCUCAGUGAAGAGCGAGUUGAAGAGCAGGGACCAGAUCGGUAAGGACCUGAAGCUGAAGCAGAGGAGGAGAGAGAAGAAUGCGAGGCCGCAGAGGAAGAAGAAAUUCUAG